CACUCCCUCUCGCGAUAAAACAAAAGCACAAAAAGGCCCUCACAACAACACACAAAAGUCACCUGUUUUCGUCAACAAUUACAUGCUCUUCCACUUUUAUCCUCACUUCAAUCUCCAAAUCUCUCUCCUUUUCUUGGUGGUCCUCUCGUAAUUUCCCUCACUUUCGAUACCAAUUGCUUGCCCCCGCCUUCCCUGUCCAACUCCGGUGAUCCCGUCCGGUCAUCGAUUCUACAGUUCGUGCUUUUUAAUUUUCGAAUAUUUAUCUCCACUCCGCUGGGGUGUUGUUUUGUUUUGAUUUGUUAGGUUUUUAAGUCUCGGAUUUGAAGCUAGGGUUUCGUCUGCAAGGAAUUAGGGUUUUUAGAUUGUAGAUAGAGAGAUGACGCGGAGUUCGAGGCACAAAUCCAGUAAGAGGAGUUCUAGAGACGCGAGGGAUUACUCAGAUUCUGAGAAGGACUCCAGCGUGAAGGACCGGAAAGGGAGGGAUGAGAGCAGUAGUGUUAGGGUUUCAAAGGACUCGGGUGGCUCAGGUGAGAAGCGGAAGCUCGAUUCGAAGGAGAGUAAGGACGUGUUUAGUUCUGGAAAUGGUGACUAUGAGGAAUAUAGUUCCUCGUCUAAGCGGCGGAAAGACCGUGCCGUGGAAAGUGGGAAUGACAGGUGGAAUGGCGGUGGGGAGAAUGAUAGAAUUGAGAGUGGUUUGAGGAAAACCAAGGUUUCGAGUGAAACUAAGAGUAAGAGGAGAGAUGAUGAUGAGCUGCAGAGGUCGAGGAGUGAGGGGAAGCACAGAGAAUCGAGUCGAAAGGAGAGUAGAGAAGUGGAGAGGGAGAGGGAGAGGGAGAGGGAGAGAGAGAGGAAGGGGAAGGAAGGGAAAAACGAGAGAUUUGAUGAGAGUGAAGGACAUAACAAGCAUCUGGGUAUGAACGAAAAAACUGAGACAAAUGCACAGGAUCGGUUACCAAGUCCUGAAUCUGAGAAUCAGCUGGAGAGACGAGUUAGGAGAAGGAAAGACGGUUCUGGUGGUGGGGAUAAACAUGAAGUUGAUAUUGGAGACGUCAAUGAUAGACGGUGGGACGAUGUUGCUAUUGAUGGAAGGCUGAAAGAUGAGAAGCAUAAGGAUGAGAGAUAUAGGGAUAAGUACCGAGAAAGCGUAGACAGGGAGAGCAGGCACCGAGAUGACAAGCAAAGACAUGAGCGCUCUGCUAGAGAUCAUACUGGUAGUAGGUCUGAUGAUAAGCACUUUAGGGUUGAAAAAGAUGCAACAGAAACUAGACAAAAGAAAUCUAGGCCCCAGGACAGUGACCGUGAUCGAGAGCAUGAGUAUGACCGUGAUCAUGAUCAUGAUGAGCAUGAUUUUGACCGUGAACAUGAUCACUACCGGGAGCGUGAUAGGGACCGUGAUCAUGAUCAUGACUGUAACCGUGAUCGUGGUCACAACCGUGAUAAUGAUGUAGACUGUGAAUGGGAUCGGGAGCGAGAUCGGGAUCGUGACCACUGUGACCGUGAGCGCAAUCAAGAGUGUGAACAAGAAAGAGAUCGAGACCGAGAUCAAAACCGUGAUCAAAACCGUGAUCGUGAUCUUGACCAUGAUCGUGAUAGAGAUCUUGAUCAUGAUGGGUCACAGCUUGAGAACCGGACUGCCAAAUACAAGGAUAGCAGAGGAAAGAAGAGAUCCCCGGAUGAGCAUGAUGAGUUCAACGAUACUAAAUCUAGAGGUAUCAAAGCACACUAUCCUGACAUGGAAAGCAAAUCUUUGAGCAGCAGCAGACUUGAAUCAGAUGCAGAUCGGGGAAGGUCCCAGUCACGUCAGGCCUAUGUUGAUUCUACUGUAAGUAGCAGCAGAAGGAGGACUUCUCCCAGCUCCAGUUCACACGGUGGUGAUGAGUACAGACAUUCGAAGAUGGAAGAUCUGAAGUACAGAGAUUCUGUGAUAGAACAAAGGCCAAAAUCAAUUUCCUCAAGGGAGGUAACUGGCUUUUCAGGAGUAUCAGAUAGAGUUUCUAAGUAUAGAUCAACUGAGAGAGCCAGCAAAAUUGAUGAUGGGCAUUUGGGGGAGUUAACGGUUGAGAGGUCUUCCAGUUCAAAAGCUUCACCUAUGGGCUUGAUGGAAAGAUCGCCUUCCUCAACAAGUCAUGAUCGCAGAUAUGUGAACAGAACUGGCAUCAGGCGAAGUCUCGACAUUGAAGAAACAGGGCGGAGGAGCAGUAUUGGUCCCAGAGAUUUGUCUACUAGUGAGGAUAGGCUAAGUCGGGAAUUACCUUUGGAGAAACCUUUGGCAGAUGAUUCCUCCCAAAUUGAUGUAUUGUAUUACAGUAGAACUGGUCAAAGCAAUUCAGCUUCUUCAUUACCUCCCCCUCCUUUCAGGGGCGGAGUUGGCAGUCCUUCAUUUAUGGGUUCACUGGAAGAAGAUGGUAGAGUUAAUGUGAAUGCUCGUUACCGCAGGAGUGGUGAUCCCAGUUUAGGAAGAGGACAAGGAAAUGCAUGGAGGGGUGCCCCAAACUGGUCCUCGCCAGUGCCUAAUGGUUUCAUGUUUCAACAUGGGCCGCCCCAUGGAGGAUAUCAAGCAAUGAUGCCACAGUUUCCUGCUCCAUCACUGUUUACCGUUAGACCAUCAAUGGACAUCAAUCACCCUGGGAUUCCUUAUCAUGUACCUGAUGCGGACAGGUUCUCUGGUCAUCUGCGCCCUCUUGGGUGGCAGAAUAUGAUGGAUGGGUCAGGCCCUCCCCACUUGCAUGGAUGGGAUGGAAAUAAUGGUGUUUUUAGGGAUGAAUCUCACAUGUAUGGAGGGUCUGACUGGGACCAGAAUAGGCAUCCGAUGAAUGGACGAGGUUGGGAAACUGGUGCAGAUAUGUGGAAAGGAGAAAAUGGUGAAUCGAAUAUGGACUUGCCUUCAACAUCCCAGAAGGAGGAUCACCCUAUUCAGGUCCCUUCAGAUGAUGCUUUGGUUGAGCAGUCAGGUCAACAGACUCUCUAUGAAAAUAAUAGUCAUGGUGUUCAGGAGAAAACUAUUGAUACAAAAUCCAUUAGUUCUUCCAAAAAAUCUUCUAAUAAAACUUCCCACGAGAAGACAUCUGAACCUUCAAAAAAAUCAAGUGAGGAUUAUAUUGCUAAUACUUCUCGUGCGUAUCUUGCUAAGCUUGACAUUUCAGAGGAACUUACUGCCCCAGAGUUGUUUAGAAAGUGUAUGAGCUUACUGGAGAUGGAUCAGACUGCUACUGUCGAUAAAGAAACCACUGUGAUUGUAAAUUUGAAGGAUGGUGGAAGGGCAGUUCCCAAAAGUUCCAAAGCUUUGUUAAGUCCUCCAUUUUUUCCUGCUGCAGAUGAUUCUGUUUUUCAGAGAGCCAUGGACCAAUACAAGAAACAAAGGGUUCCGAUCAGUUGCCUGCAAAUUUUCAAUGGUGGGUUAGUAGAUAUCAUUUCAACAUGUAAUCCAGAGAAAAUGGAGCAAGGUUCUCCUUGUGGCCUUGAAAAGGCAGAGGAGUUGGUCUUGAUCUCUGACGUGGAAAUGUCUGAUGGGCCAAUACCAAGUUCACAUGAAAAGGAACUUGAAGAUUUUCCACAUUCGGAGCUGGUUUCAACUCCAUCUCAAAUAGUCCCUGAUCACAAUGAUCCCCUUCCGCUAAAUUUGGAAGUGCCUAAUCAAUCUCUUACAUCUAAGAGCUCCGAAGAAUCUGUACCAGUGCUUGAUGCCGAUAAGAUGGAGGGGAUGAUUUCUGAGCAGCAGAUGAUCUCAGAAGAUGCAGAUGGAGAUCAAUUAGCAUCUUCUGAUAAUGCAUCUGUUGCAGCUCCCAUUUUGCCGAUUGACGGGAAUGAGAUCACAAAAGGCAGUAAUUCUCUCUGUAUUGCUGAGGAAAGGCAGGCAUUAGCUGAUGCAAUUAGUGAUCCCAUAGUUUUAUAUGAUGGGGCUCCUAAAGUAUCUGAGGCUUUGAUGCCCGGUUCAAAUGAGUCUGAGUCGGUGGUAAUUUUAAGUCGGAUACAUCAUUCUCCUGAAAGUACACAUUGAGACAAUUUCUAUAUGCAUGUUUCAUAAUGCAUUUUUGCUUAUUAUUGCUUCUCUUAUUCUGUUUCCGUUUUAUUUCCAAGGAAUAAAAGGAAAAUCAGCUUUUUUGA